ACCGUCAAUUACCAGCAGCCUCGUGAUUGCCUUGCGUGUAUCGGUUUCGUGAUUAGCCACUGCGAGCAGAUAGUGUUCGCCGUUCGCGGAUCACCGUAGGCGACGAGAGAAUACAUACGUCAGUCACCAACGUGCUAAUAUCUUCGCCCCCCGUCGUUCGUCAACGUCGUUAGUGCCCGUGAAAGUCGCCUACCGCCGAGACCGCAGCAUGUCGUCCGCACUGGAGGAAGAGCAGCACCUGCGGGAAUGUGAAUCUUACAUUCAGACGCACCGCAUUCUGCGGCUGCUGAAGGAGUGCAUCGUGCAGCUGUGCCUGUCACGGCCCGAGAACCCGAUCGUCUUCCUGCGGCAGUACUUCCAGCAGCUAGAACGGGAGCAAGCGAAGCUGGAUGCGAGUAAGCAGGCGGCCACACCGGACGAUCUGGACGAUCUGAGUCCGAUGCCACAGACCACGGCGCCGCCGGUGCGGCGCCGCGGUGGCAUCUCGGCCGAGCCGGUCACCGAGGAGGACGCGACCAGCUACGUGAAGAAAGUGGUCCCGAAGGACUACAAAACGAUGGCCGCGCUGUCGAAGGCGAUCGCAAAGAACGUGCUGUUUUCGCACCUGGACGAGAACGAGCGGUCGGACAUCUUCGACGCCAUGUUCCCGUGCACCUUCCUGCCCGGCGACCCGAUCAUCCAGCAGGGCGACGAGGGGGACAACUUUUACGUCAUCGACAUCGGCGAAGUUGAGGUCUUUGUAAAUAGCGAACAGGUGACGACCAUCAGCGAGGGCGGUAGCUUCGGUGAGCUGGCCCUCAUCUACGGUACGCCCCGUGCGGCCACCGUCCGUGCCAAAACCGACGUCAAGCUGUGGGGCAUCGACCGGGACUCGUACCGGCGCAUCCUGAUGGGCUCGACGAUCCGCAAGCGCAAGAUGUACGAGGAGUUCCUGUCUCGAGUGUCCAUCCUAGAGAGCCUCGACAAGUGGGAACGGCUGACGGUGGCGGACGCCCUGGAACCGGUGAGCUUCGAGGACAGCGAAACGAUCGUACGGCAGGGCGAACCCGGCAACGACUUCUACAUCAUCGUCGAAGGCUGUGCCACCGUCAUGCAGAAGCGGGGCGAGAACGAAGAGGCCGCGGAAGUGGGCCGGCUCGGACCGAGCGAUUACUUUGGCGAGAUUGCACUGCUGCUGGACCGGCCCCGGGCCGCCACCGUCAUUGCGCGCGGGCCACUCAAGUGCGUCAAGCUGGACCGUGCCCGGUUCGAGCGGGUCCUCGGGCUGUGCGCCGACAUCCUGAAGCGCAACAUAACGCAGUACAACAGCUUCGUUUCGCUGUCGGUCUGAAGUGGUCACAUCCACACGUCCCGGAAGCCACCACCACCCAACCGGACCGUGGCGUGGCGGCCGCCUUCUUUUGUCGCGAACCCUUUGAUUUUUUUGGUCGUCGCCCCCGUGUUGCCAGAGGACGCCGCGCAUUACAGCUUAGAAAGAAACACCCAUUUCGUGGUCAGUUUGUUGGGUCAGCGACUGGAAAAUGACUGGACCCCCCCCCGCUUGAGGGCCGCUGGUGUAGCUUUUGUUCUUCACUUCCCCUUUUUUAGUGGGAAACCCGAAAUUCGAUGCAGAUUGUGCGGACUAAAAUACCGUUUACAGAGUAUCAUUUUAUAAGCAUAUCCAAUCACUUCGGGAAGGGACGUGGCCUGCCGCAGGACGGGCCCAAGGACGGGCACACAAACAGACCCCUUUCGGAGAAGAUAACCCCGACGAGUCAUGGCCACAGCCCGUUCCGUUUUCUCUCGCCCGGUGCGGGGCGAAUAGUUUACUUAAAAAGUCACAGCGGAACGACGGACCUGGAAUGCCGUCGAGACCGCCGAGAAAGUGUCCGAUUGUGUCCGUUUUGUUUUUUAACCCAACCAAUGUAUUAAACAGAAACACCACGCGAAGCGUUCGGGGACACAGAGAGAGAAAGAGAGAGAGAUCGGGGUAGGAAAAAUUAUCAGCUAGGGUCGCAGAGAGAAAGAGAGAGAGAUUUUGCACCAUUUGUAUCAUAAACGUCCUGUUCUUUGUUUCCCCUAUUAACGUCUUUUUAGAGAGUAAUGAAAUUUUAAGUUAUUUAUAACCCGCGUGCGGUUCCGGCCCGGCCCGGGAACUGUAAGGAAAACGGGCACGGGGACGAUCCGUGCCAGAAGCGAUACAAUUAAGGGACAGGCACAGAGAGAGAGAGAGAGGGGCGAGCGAAAGAUGAUAAGUAGCAGAAGUGAUUAGCCAUUUUGGGCAUUUUUGUAUUUGGUGCGAAUUUGCGGUGGCCGUGGCAUGUGAAGUUAAACCUAAAACCAGACACACGAACACCUACCUACAAUUCCGCCUAAGAAGUGGCCAACACCAUAACGCAAACGAAGCACAAUUGAAACCGCGAACUGCGCGGAAUCCCCCGAAAUGGAAAAAGGGCACACGAAAAUCCACGAUCACAGGAACACAGGAACACAGGAAUCAAAAACACAGGUACAUUACGUUGGUGUCGUUUUAAACGUGUUGUUUCCACAUUUGGUGUCAGUAUGUCCGUUGAUGUGUGUGUGUGUAAAACGGCGGGACGAAGGACGAGCCGCUAGACGUUUUUUAACUAACCCAUUUCUGACUCUGUCUGUCUGUCUGUCUGUUUGUCUGUCGGUCUGUGACCGCGUUCCGUGCGCGGUGCGAUCGCGCGGAUUAUAAGCGUAAAAUGGGCAUACUUUUGCGAAUAAGCGAUCUUCGUGUUUCUGUAUCUGUAAGGAAGGAACUGAGAGUAAGGAACUGAGAUGUGGUUCGUUGAGGUGAACUGCUGACGCGGAAAGGACGUGCCACAUAGACGUGGCACCGUGGGGGGACGUGAUCAUUCAUUACACACCACAACACCACACACACAGCACAGUGUCCCGCUUCCCGAUGUGAUGUGUUCCACCUUUGAAUGCAAUCCGAUCAAUAUGCGGGCGGAGAGCGGUUUACUAAAGUUACUUAAUCAACCUUGGAAUGUGAGUCUUUGCACUGAGCGAUCGCAAUUGGAGGGAACUGGUCUUGACUGUUUGAUCUUUCUGUACGCUUUCUCUCGGUACGCUUCAAUGUCCCCGUGACCCGUGAUCGGUUCCCUACCGCGCCGGUGUGUAAGCUAUUUUAAUUUAAAACUUCCCCUUCAAACCCACAUCUGACCCGAUGGCAUGACGAUGAUGGAGAGCACCGCAGCAUGUUAGCCGUGGCAAAGUUUAGCAGUUAGAUAAGGCUGGACCUUUUUCGUAUAAAUACAUUCACAUCACACACACAACAACAACCACAACCACACAGGCUCACGCGUCGUCGGGGUGUAGAGGAUCUUUUGUAGGUAAUUUCGAACUCUCCGCUCUGGUAGUAUGGUGGCCACCCACUUUGCCUUCAACUACUUCCCUUUCACUAUUCCGUGUCUGCUGUUCGAUGGCGCAAACUCUUCUCAAGCCGCGCCUCAAGCCGCCGCUGCGCCUAUUGUGUAGAGUAGUGUCGAGUUCCCGAAAGUUCUCUGUCUAAGAGGGACUAAGGUUUCGGAUUAGAAUCGAACCACGCGGCAGCGGAGGACAAAACCCCACUCCCAAGGUAGGAUCAGCCAAGGAUCAUCACUCUGCUUCUUCUUCGUUCCGUAGGAUCCAUAGGAUCUGCUAGCCCGAUAGGUCACUUUAAUCCGUAACCCAAAUCUAUGCCAAAUUAACGCUACUUCCGCUAUCGCGUUCGCCGUACUUUCCUAGAGAUUAGUGAAAACGAUCGCGCAGUUAGUUUUUCGAACGUUAGAUCGACUUAGAGAAGAUCGCAACAUCGACACAGUUUGUUGGGUUGUACUUUUUCGAACCUUGUCGUUGAACGGUGGCGUAGUGAAGGACACAGGAGAAGAGCGCAGAACAAUAGUAAGCAAGAUUCGUACGAUCAAGUGUCGAUCGGUCGGAGGCAAACCACAUAAUCAUCUCCAUCACUAGCAGCAGCAGCAGCAAAACGAAUCACUUUGGGCUUUGUUUUUCGUCUGUAGAUUUACGGAAUAAUUGUUCCCUACCGGAAAAAGAACUACCGGAAGGAUACGAGACAGACGGACAGAGGUACGCGCGCGGCCGAGAGUGUGAUACGCCGAGCGGGGAGAGGCAAACGUGUAUUAAGUGAAUGUGUAUGAAUAAAAAGCAAACAAAUACAA